ACACUGAUGAUCUUCCUCUUUCCCAAAAAAAUAAAUAAAUAAGAAACCCAAAUCCCAAAACUAAAAACCUCACCCUCAUCUUUCUCUCAACUCCCUUAACCAAAACCAAAACAAUGGCCACCCAAAGAAGCCAUCAUUCCCCUAUCUUAUUUUCGUCCCUCAUCUUAACCCUUUUCGUUCUCCACUUCCCAAGAUGCCACCACGCCAUUCCCAACAACCCCAUCAAAACCGUCGUCGUUUUGGUAAUGGAAAAUCGCUCCUUCGACCACAUGCUGGGCUGGAUGAAGAGACUAAACCCGGCCAUCGAUGGCGUGACCGGGUCGGAGUCCAAUCCGCUGUCCGUGUCCGACCCAGACUCGAAGCUGUUCUUUUUCAAGGACCGGGCCCAUUUCGUGGACCCGGACCCUGGUCACUCGUUCCAGGCCAUCCGGGAACAGAUUUUCGGAUCGAACGAUUCCUCGCUCGACCCGCCUCCCAUGAAUGGGUUCGUCCAGCAGGCCUAUUCUAUGGACAAUACCUCCCACAUGUCCGAGAAUGUGAUGAACGGGUUCGACCCUGACUUGGUGGCUGUGUACAAGACACUCGUUUCUGAGUUUGCCGUGUUUGAUAGGUGGUUUGCCUCCGUGCCGGCCUCCACCCAGCCCAAUCGCCUAUUCGUGCACUCUGCCACCUCCGGUGGCGCCACGAGCAACGUGGCGGCCAAGCUCACGGCGGGCUACCCGCAACAAACCAUCUUCGACAGCCUCCACGACGCCGGCCACGACUUCGGCAUCUACUACCAGAACAUCCCGGCCACCCUCUUCUACCGCAACCUCAGAAAACUAAAGUACGUGCUCAAGUUCCACAUCUACGACGUGUCGUUCAAGCAACACGCCAAAGAAGGGAAGCUCCCAAGCUACACUGUGGUGGAGCAGCGGUACAUGGACACUAAGCUGCUCCCCGCGAACGACGACCACCCAUCGCAUGAUGUUUACGAGGGGCAGGUGUUCGUGAAGGAGGUGUACGAGACGCUGAGGGCGAGCCCGCAGUGGAACGAAACCCUGUUUUUGAUCACGUACGAUGAGCAUGGAGGGUUUUAUGACCACGUGCCCACGCCCGCGCGUGGGGUUCCGAGCCCUGAUGGGAUUGUGGGCCCCGAGCCUUUUAACUUCACGUUUAAUAGGUUGGGAGUGAGGGUUCCCACUAUUGCUAUCUCUCCUUGGAUUGAAAAGGGUACAGUUGUUCAUGGGCCAAAUGGGUCACCAUCUCCUACAUCAGAAUAUGAACACUCAUCCAUUCCAGCUACAGUGAAAAAGCUCUUCAAUUUGCCUUCAUUUCUGACCAAUAGAGAUGCUUGGGCAGGAACCUUCGAGGGCAUUGUUCAGACCAGGACAGAACCCAGGACUGAUUGCCCGGAGAAACUUCCAACUCCUGAAAAGAUUAGGAAGGGAGAGCCUAAUGAAGAUGCCAAGCUCAGUGAAUUUCAGCAGGAGUUGAUCCAACUCGCAGCGGUGAUUAAAGGAGAUAAUAUCCUCACUAGUUUCCCAGGUACAAUAGGGAAGGACAUGACUGUUAAGCAAGGGAAAUAUUACAUGGAUGAUGCAGUUAGAAGGUUCUUUGAAGCAGGUCGUUAUGCAAGGAAAAUGGGAGUGAAUGAAGAACAUAUAGUUCAGAUGAAGCCUUCUUUGACUACGAGAUCAUCCAAAUCUCCAAACACAAACCCUUAGAAAAAUAAUAAACCAUGUAGCAUGAAAUAGAGAAUGUAAUGGAAACAAUAAUUCUAAUGCAAAUACAAACAUCUAUACAUAGCUGGAAAAGAGCUACAUAUGUUUUCUAUAGAAAUGUUGGCAACUUAUAUGGUAUCCUAGGGAUUUCAUUUAUUUCCCAGAUUCUCUC